UGGUGGGCUCCAUUCAGGCGUUCCUCAACGGUGUGGAGCACUGAGUUUCGACUGAGUACUGAUCGUGAUAGUGCCUGGGAAAUCAACGUGCCGUGUGGUGCUCCAGUCCAUUGAUCGACGAUGCGGCGUUUUCUCGUGGUGUGCUUCCUUGUCGUGGCAGCGACUGCUGUCGGCGAGAAUGAGGACUUGGAUGUUGAGUGGGAGACAUUCAAAGCAAAUUACGGAAAGUCAUACUCGUCCGAGGCUGAAGAGCAAUUCAGAAUGACGGUGUAUAUGAACAACAAACUGAAGGUUGCCAAGCACAACGAGCAAUACGCGGAAGGCAAAGUUUCUUUUCAACUCGCAAUGAACAAGUUUAGCGAUCUGUUGCACGAAGAGUUCGUCCGUUCCCGCAACGGCUUCAGAAGAAUCAGGCCUGUAAAGCAGGCCUCUACCUACAUGGAGCCAGCGAACAUCGGAGACGUCUGCUUCCCGCAAACGGUGGACUGGAGGAAGAAGGGCGCUGUCACACCGGUCAAGAACCAGGAGCAAUGCGGAUCUUGCUGGGCUUUUAGUGCGACGGGAUCGUUGGAAGGGCAGCAUUUCCUCAGGACGGGAAAGCUCGUCCCUCUGAGUGAACAAAACCUUGUCGACUGUUCUGAUGACUUCGGGAACCUCGGCUGCAGUGGUGGUGUAAUGGACGACGCCUUCCGGUACAUCAAGGCCAAUGGAGGCAUCGACACCGAGAAGAGCUAUCCCUACACUGGCGAGGAUGGUCAAUGCGUCUUCGACAAGUCCAACGUUGGCGCUACCGACACUGGCUUUGUGGACGUCCAGACAGGCGACGAGACGCAGCUCAUGAAGGCUGUGGCUUCGGUCGGCCCAAUAUCGGUCGCCAUCGACGCGAGUCACCUAUCUUUCCAGUUUUACGCUCAAGGCGUCUACGACGAGCCAGAAUGCUCCAGCGAAAGGUUUGACCAUGGUGUGCUGGCAGUUGGCUACGGCAACCUGGGUGGCAAGGACUACUGGCUGGUGAAAAAUAGCUGGGGAGCUGACUGGGGGCAGGAAGGCUACAUCCUGAUGAGCCGAAACAAGAAAAACCAGUGCGGAAUCGCAAGCAACGCCAGCUACCCACUGGUGUAACUUUUUUUAUGUGCACAUUUAUGUUUGAGGGAUGACACUUAUUUUUUUU